ACGCGGUUAAAUUCUACAACGCCCACCUUACUUGACUCUCUUUUUUUUUGGUGAGAACCUUACGUGAGUCUUUAUAAUUUGGAUUUGUUUGUUAGAAUUUUCCAAACCAAAAGAUCCAAAACCAACGAAUCCUGAGAGACUAUAAUGACCAAAACAAAGUUCAUGCAUGAGCAUUUUCGUAAAUUGGUACAACGACUUAAGAAGACUCUUAGACUCUCAGCUUCCGACAAAACUCACGGCGUUGCUGCUACGUUGUCUUUGGAUGACUUACCGGAAGAAUGUAUCUCCAUCAUAAUCUCUUUCACAAGUCCUCUAGAUGCGUGCGUCCUUGCUUCGGUUUCGAAAACCUUUGAAUCGGCGGUCAAGUCAGAUAUUGUAUGGGAGAAGUUUAUUCCGCCAGAGUAUGAAUCUUUGAUUUCUCAAUCCCGAGAUUUCUCAUCGAAGAAGGAGCUCUAUUUCGCUCUUUGCGACGAAUCUGUUCUAAUCGACGAUGGCAAAAAGUGUCUAUGGAUAGAAAAAGCGAAUGCAAAGAGGUGUAUCAUGUUAUCAGAGAUGAAACUCUCAAUCACUUGGGGAAAUUAUCCUCAGAGUUGGCAAUGGAUUCCAGAUCCUCAAGCUAGGUUUGAAACAGUAGCGGAGCUACUUGGAGUAUGUUUGUUUGAGAUUCGUGGCAGAAUAAAUAGUUGCAUCCUAUCUCCAAGAACUCGUUACUCGGCUUACAUUGUGUUCAGGAAAACGGAUAUAUGUUAUGGCUUUGAGAAUGUGGCUGUAGAAGUUGUAGUAGGAGUGGUGGGACAGGAUUUAGAAGAGUCCUGUCCAAGAUAUGUAUGCUUUGAUGAGGCUACCGAUGAGCAGUUUCGAUGGAGAGACAGGGGAAAGAACCUAGUGAAACCAAAGAGGAGAAAAGAUGGGUGGAUGGAGAUAAAGCUUGGGGAGUUCUUCAAUGAAGGAGGAUUAUUGAACUAUGAUGAAAUUGAGAUGGUUGCUUUAGAGAAUAAGCAGCGCCAUUGGAAACGUGGCUUGAUCAUUGGAGGAAUUGAAAUCCGUCCUGCGAAUAUCCAAUGUAAACCAGUUUCCAGCGGUUUAGAAAAUGGUUUGAUGUUUCAGAUGCAGCGAUGGGAAAAAGAUGUUUCCGGUGGUUCGUCAAUGGGGCAAAAACUCGGCUUUGAUUCUAGAGGCAAAGGCAUAGAAGAGAUUGUUUCUCGUUUAUCCCCUUUCGAUGAGUUACCGGAGGACUGUGUUUCUAAUAUAAUCUCUCUUACAAGUCCCCGCGACGCAUGCAUUGCCGCUUCGGUUUCUAGGACCUUACGAUUGACGGUCCAGUCAGAUAGUGUAUGGGAGAAGUUUCUUCCGGCGGAAUAUGCAUCUUUGAUUCAUGAAUGGCGAGUUUUCUCAUCAAAGAAGGAGCUCUAUUUUUCUCUAUGCGAAGUCCCUAUUCUAAUUGAAGAUGGCCAAAAGAGUUUCUGGUUAGAGAAAGCGAGUGCGAAGAGAUGUAUCAUGUUAUCUGCAAAGCAACUAGCGAUCACAUGGGGAAAUAGUCCUCAGUAUUGGCAAUGGAUCUCAAUCCCUGAAUCUAGGUUCGAAAAAGUACCGGAGCUUCUUGAUGUAUGUGCUUUCGAGAUCCAUGGUUCGAUGAAUACUCAGAUCCUAUCUCCGAGAACUCAUUACUCGGCUUACGUAGUGUACAAGUCAAGAACUGGAUGUCACGGCUUCCGUGAUUUGCCCAUACAAGUUGGAAUUCGAUUGGUGGGACAAAAGCCUCCUAAAAGAUUCAUAUGCUUUGAUGAGUCUACGGACAAAAUCAAAAAGUGGGCAAAGAGGGAGCUAAUGAAAUCAGACGAGAGAGAAGAUGGAUGGAUAGAAGCAGAAAUUGGAGAAUUUUACAAUGAAGGAGGAUUAUCUUUGGGAUGUGAUGAAAUUGAGCUAACAAAGAGCCAAAGACUAUACUUCUUCUUCAUCGGGUCAGAAAUCACGAGUCUAUCAGGUCUUUCAAACGCAGACAAUUUCAUAAAGGAACCGAUGGAGAAUAACCAUGACACUAAAUCUAGCAGCGGAUGCGGAGGAGGGAUCGUUGUUCUCGGGCCGUCACCAUUCGAUUACUUGCCAGAGGAUUGCAUCUCCAGCAUAAUCUCUUUUACAAAUCCACGAGACGCAUGUGUUGCUGCUACCGUUUCGAAAACCUUUGAAUUGGCUGUCCAAUCCGAUAUGGUAUGGGAGAAGUUUCUUCCGCGGGAUUAUUCCUCUUUGGUUCCUCAAUCGCGAGUUUUCUUGUCCAAGAAGGAUCUCUAUUUCUCUCUAUGCCAUGAUCCUCUUCUAAUCGAAGAUGGCAAAAAGAGCUUCUGGUUAGAGAAAAGGAGUGGGAAAAAGUGUAUCAUGUUAUCUCCGAAGGAAAUGUGCAUCACAUGGGUUAGUAGUCCUCAGUAUUGGCGAUGGAUUUCAAUUCCUGAAGCUAGGUUUAAAGAAGUACCAGAGCUUCUCAACGUGUGUUGGUUUGAGGUUCGUGGUAGAAUGAGUACUCGUUACCUAUCUCCUGGAACUCAUUACUCUGUUUACAUUGUGUUCAAGACAAAGGAUCGAUGUCCCGGAUUGGGGGAUUCGCCAGUAGAAGUUAAAGUCGGAUUGGUUGGACAAGAACUUUUUCAAAGAUUCAUACGCUUUGUUGGGCCUAUGGAUCAAAGGUGUGGGAGAGAAAUGAGAGUUGUUACGAGACCAGAGGAAAGAGAAGAUGGAUGGAUGGAAGCUGAGCUUGGUGAAUUCUUCAAUGAAGCAAGUUGUGAUGAUCAUGUUGAAGUAAGUGUUGUUGAGAUUAAGUCUCCUUAUUGGAAAAGUGGUUUGAUCAUUCAAGGAAUCGAAUUCCGCCCUAGGAAAAAGCCCGUAAACUAAUACUUGGUUUCGAUGAUUCCGGUCUAUGUUUGUUUGCUUCA